AUGUUCUCAGGGGGUCAUUUUGAUCCUCAGUCUCCCAGUGUGGUCUACUAUGUCCCUCUCUGUUUCCUUCAUUUCCUGUCUUUAAAUGUGCCAUCUCUUUCUCCUCUACUCCUGGUACAGGUGAUCAAUGCCAUAGAGCAGGACUACCGGCUGCCCCCUCCCAUGGACUGCCCCACAGCACUACACCAGCUGAUGCUGGACUGCUGGCAGAAAGACAGAAACGCCCGGCCCAAAUUCACUGACAUCGUCAAUACGCUGGACAAGAUGAUCCGCAACCCUACCAGCCUCAAAGCUGUGGCCACCAUCACUGCAGUGUACGUCUGUAAAAACUGGUUUAACUCUCAACAGAACACACACAGUCAUAAACCAUAUUACUGAAACACUUAUCCCAUGUUUUCCCCCUCCUGUACCACAUCCUUUCACUGUUUCAUCCCUCUCCUCUCCUCUCCUCUCUUUUUCUCCACAGGCCUUCUCAGCCCCUGCUGGGCCGCUCCAUUCCAGACUUCACCACCUUCACCUCUGUGGAGGACUGGCUAGGUGCCAUCAAGAUGGGCCAGUAUAGAGACACCUUUCUGGGCUCCGGCUUCACCUCCUUACCACUGGUGGCUCAGAUCACCUCUGAGUAAGUCCUGACGUCAUCAUAUCCCACCUAAUUUUCCCAUCUUCUCAGGAGUCUCAGGAGACACCAAACAGUAAAACCCUCCUAUCACUAUCCACUGUAGCAAUAGAAUAUUUGAUCAGCCCUUGAUAUAAUAUAAUUAGCAGACGCUUUUAUCCAAAGCAACUUACAGUCAUGCGUGCAUACAUUUUUUUGUAUGGGUGGUCCCGGGGAUCGAACCCACUACCUUGGCAUUACAAGCGCUGUGCUCUACCAGCUGAGCUACAGAGGACCACAGGCAGAUGGUUCCCAAUAUUACUUUUUUGAGAAAUUCCAGUCAUGGAAUACACACACCUGCCUGCACACGCACGCAUGCACACACGCAAACGGGCGCACGCAACACACACAUUUGUCACAGAUUACAGAAGGUCUCAGAAGUAUUAUCCCCCUAUAAUUAGAUUUGCACUAUUCUAGAUGUAGUGUAAUGGGGCAGGCUGGAAUUAAUUUUCAAUCAGGUUCACUGAGACAGUCAACCAGCCACACAGGCCAUUGCAGUCACACAUCCACCUUCAAAAAGCUGUCUCAGAAUAAUGGGAAUCAUGCUUCCGGCUUAGACACAGGAAUAAUCCCUUCAGUAAAUGUCCAUAGGAGCUCAGGACUGUCAUGCUUCAAAUCCACCAGGCAUUCAGAGCUCUGGAUAGGUCUACAUCGCCAAGGUCUCUCCGUCUUACUAAUCACUUUGAUUUGAUAGUGGCACGACAAAAAAAGUAUUUUAAGUAGGACAAAUGAUUGGCUUUCCUUUAGUUAUAGACAGGUUAGUAUUUUUCGUCAUGAAUCUUGUUCUGGAGGCAGCUCUGCAGAGUGGUCACUAGCUGGCACAGCCACAAAGUCAUAACAUCUGAUUUGAACCCUAACCCUAACCACACUGCUAACCCUAAUCUUAAAUUAAGACCAAAAAGCAAAUUUUUGUUUUCAUGAAUUUUUACAAUAUAGUCAAUUUUGACUUUGCAGCUGGCUCAUCUAAGGAGAAAUCGCUCAGUUCUGCCUCCCAUGACAAGACUCAUGACAAUAAAUGUAAACCUGCUGGUUGUUCAGACAUCAAAUAGAUGGCCUUUAGGUUGUUGUUGUCCAUUUGAAUGCUACUGUACAAGUCAGCAACAAUUCCCAGCAGUCCUCAACCAAUUGUGUCCAUUCUGGGCUUACCAUUGUAAGUAGAACAGUGUAUUACCAUAUGAAUGGGAACAGUAAAAAUAUAUUGUGCUUAUCUCUAGCAGGGAGUGAAUCUGGCACAUUGUUUACUGCGCUGGAAACCAUCCCUAUAUGUUUAUCUCUCUGCUCUGCCUCAAGCAGACAAAAUAUUGUACCAUUGUCUUUGUGCAUGGUGUGAUUGUUUGUCUAUGUAUUAGUACACGUACAAUGACAAUAUCCAUAGCCCAAUAAUUCCAUCCAAGAGCAAACACACAGACAUCAGGUACUGUACUGUGAACACCUCCAUCUCUCAGCCUUGUUGUUGACACUGUUCCUCCUGUUUGUCAGAGACCUGUUGAGGAUAGGAGUGACCCUGGCCGGCCAUCAGAAAAAGAUCCUGAGCAGUGUCCAGUCUAUGAGGGACCAGAUGGCCCAGUCGCCCACCUCCAUGGCCUGA